GAUAUGGCAAGAAAAUAUUCACCAAAUUCUUAUUCACAUGAAAGAAAAACUAUUGGUCAUUUAUAUGAAUCGGAUUCAUCUAUUUCUCAAAAGUCUUUAGAAAAUUUUGAUCACAAUGGAAAAUCUCAAACACUAACAGCACUCAUUACUCAGUCUGGUCAAUAUGAUGUUAUUGCGGUUACUGACAGCUCUUCUAAGUCGGAUGGUUAUGCCAGUCAAUCUUCAACUAGUGGCCCACCUCCAAUAAUGCAAAGAAGUUCCAAAAGAUCUCAGAGACGAAGGAAGCUGAAGGAACUUAAUAAAACCUAAGUCAAAACAAUUCUUCAAAACUGGAUGACUGUAACUAACUGGAUGACAAAACUAAAUGACUAUUUUCAAUAAAACAAACAUAUUGUUUUUUAUGUACAUUAGUUUAUGAUAUUUAAUAAAAUUUGUUUGUGUAUUGUU